ACCACCAGGAGGCGCAGACUUGCCAUUGGACCAUGGUCAUGCGGCCAACCCCAAUUGAUCCGGUCACAGCUCCCAAGAAUAAGACGCGACAAACAGUCACAUCCAGAACGAGCUGGGACCCGCCCUGAUCAAGCGUGUAUGCCUCCAUGAAGGCAGCCUACCUACUUUAAUCAACCCUAGACUAUGGCGGCCAUCCCUCUGAUCCAGCCAUCAAGUUCGGCAGCGAGAUUUGGGGCAAGCACGACAAAGCGAUCCAUUUUCAGCACGCCUACUGUCGACCUUCAUGACAGGAUCACAGAGCAGGAUCUGCUGAAUGAGCAGGAUAACGAGGAAGACUAUGUCUCAACCAUGUAUCUGAUUCCCAGCCCUAUUGGCAAAGACAUCUCUGUGCAGUCAUGGACAAGAAACAAUAGAACGAUCGAAGCGGUUUUCCGCCCCAGCACGAACGAGAUUGCGGUCUUUGUAGCAGGGAAGAAGGCUGCUGAGGAGUUCCCAAUCAGACAGCACAGCUCUGCCAAGGACAACACAGUGUUCCUUUGCCAGGCAUCGAUCCCUGAGAGUCGGAUUCCGUUCAUCAAAGAAAUGUCCGAUGCAUUUCUCAACACGACUACUCUGGAUCCAUACGGAUCUGAGGACUACAGGCACCAUUAUGAGCAGUAUUACAAAGGCAUUCAGCGAUAUCUGCUCCAGCUCUACCAAUCGAAAAACGACAUGGAGACAGAAGAGGCAGUUCAGGAUGCUCAGGAACUCGAGCUUAUGGAGGCAUUUAGCGCGAUCUGGAGGCUGGCGGAGUAUAUGUUUCUAACAGCCGACGACAGCAAACCCAUAGCAUUUUUAUACAGCGAAUGGUUGUCGGUGCACGAUACAGGACUUGAUUUGGAGGUCGGCAAGUUACUACUUGCGUCUUCGGGCAGAUUAUCAGACUCUCGGUUCUGGCCCUAUAUCCAUCAGUGUCUGCUGCGAGGCAUGAGAGAGUCGGUCGUAUUUAUGAUAGAGCAAACGUUGAAUGAUGAGCCAGACGAGGAUGUAGCGGAUGCUUUGGAUGGCUUUCUAAGAAUCCUUAAGGGAAUUCCAUCGCCAGAAACAAUCCUGCUAGAUGGAAAAUCAUACGAAAGACAUAGAAAAUGGCAGGAAGAUUGCAAGAAAUUCGCGAAAUCACCACAGCUAUCUCACCUCGGGGUGGAUGCGAAAAAAGCAGUUAGCAUAUUGACUGGCGACAUUGAGGCGAUUCUCGACAGUACUGAGUCCUGGGAGGAGGCAUUCUCGGCCAUUCUGCUCUAUACCAACCCUAACUGCUCAAGGCAGGACCUUACGCCAAUAUUGAAGAUUUGCAUUUCAAGAUAUAUGGAAGAUACCAAGGUAUCUCUCUUCGAUAAAAUCAAGAUCGCCAUCCUGGAGAUUGAUGCCAUCAAGACAAUUCGUCACUGUGGAAACUUCCAUCCGUGGCUCGUGGCCCAUUUGGCGGAUGUCUUACAACAAUAUGGGUACUUGGAUAUAUCCGAUCUUGAACUUCAAGAUAUUGCAGAUCUGGGAUGGGACUCGGACGUUCGCGACUUCUUCAUCACGAGCUAUGCGCAGAGUCUAAUGUCAAAUCUGGAUCUCUGGGAAGUCAUUGCUGGAUAUUUGCUGAACUGUGGCCAUACUGGGAAGGCAAUGUUGUCCGAGUGGAUCUGCCAUGUGCCGCUGGGGUCCUCAGAGAAAGCCCAUAGAGUGCUUCAAUUUUGCGAAAACAAUAGUCUUACAGAUUCACUGAGAUCCAUUUACAGGGUCAUGGCCGUAGAUGAGGAGACCCGCGGACAGUACGCCCUCGCAAUCCAGCAUUUUAUUUCUUCAAAAGACAAUGACCGUGUCGCUAAGGUGACCGACAGCUUGAUGCUGGACUACUUGCAGAGCGACGAAUUGGAUCUAGAGGAAGUGUUGGCGCCCAUUCCGCAGUUACCUGCUAAUGACUAUGUCGACUUUCUUCGCUCCUACGCCAAAUUCCAUCGAGACUAUAAGAAUGGCGACUAUCGCAGCGCAGGACGUACCUUGGUCCAACUGCUCUCGGGCAAGGCACCCAAGAAGUACUGGGCCAUGCUUCUGUUUAACGCGCUUCCACUGCUGGAGAAUAAGGAACGGCUGGUAUUUGAUUCAAAGGACACAUACGCUAUGUUGCGAUGUCUGGAGGAGGUUGUUGGACCACAGCACAAGGCGGAAUAUCUGCACCCGCUGCCAAAGAGCGUGUCUUCUGCGGUAUCGACGGUGGAGGAGAGGGAGGAGCAAUUGGGCGUUGUACGCCUAUCCCUAGUUAGGAAUCUUGCCAGGUCGUUUGUGCAUGCUUCCAGGGUCACAGAUGGAGACGAUGCGAUGAUGACAGAUUAAUGCUGCCAACGUCCUCAAAAGCAGUAAUUCUUGCAUUACAAAAAUAAAAUAAAGAACGAAGACAUGCGAAGUG